AUGUCUGCCGCAAGCGUGCCACGUCUCUCAAUCAAACGAACAUACCGUCUCCGGGUCUCGACAAGCCCCCAGUAUGAAUCUUCGCCCGAGAUACUAGACGAAAGAUUUCUCCAGGAACGAGCAUACGAUAACGAAGAUACCACGUCACACGAAGGUGAUAUCAUGUUGUUGAAGGAGGAGGGUGAUUCGGAACAGCUACUUCAUGGCAGAAUGUUGCGCAAGAAUCUCAACAUUCCCUUGAUCAAGAAUUGGAUUCGUACCUGCUUUAAAGAGUGCAAACUCGAGGAUGCUUUUCACAGUCAAGACGCGACAGCAAGGCCGGCACGAGUUAUAGAUACAAGACGGCUGAUGAUUCGGCGAACACCACCUGAUUGCGAAUAUGUGGCACUGAGCUAUACGUGGGGCCCCAAAAGCAUAACACAGCUGCAGCUCACCAAAGAUAACGAACCGCGGCUCGCAAAGGCACAAGGCCUAAAUGAGGCAUGGGAUAUGAUCCCGAGGACGAUCCAAGAUGCCAUAGAUCUCUGUCGUCGCCUGGGGAUCAGAUAUCUAUGGGUUGACGCAUUGUGUCGAGGCAAAGGAGACGGAUACGCGAAUGAAAAAGCGGUUAAAGAUAUUAUUAGUCGAAUUUUCGCAAACGCAUGUCUCACUAUUGUGGCGAACGGACCCGAUUCGCAUUAUGGCCUGCCGGGCGUUAGGUCUUCUUGUUCGCCCUGGCGUUGCCAGGUUUCGCGCCAGGUCGGCCAACUGUCCUUAGCUGUUGCCAAACACCGUAUUGACCAAGCCAUGAGUAACUCUGGCUGGAGGCAACGUGGUUGGACAUAUGAGGAGUGGCUAGUUUCUCGCCACAUGUUGAUUCUUGCCGAUGAUCAGGCAUUCUUUUGCUGCAGGGCCGGAGAAAGGAUAUAUUCCGAAGAUACGUAUGAUGAGGUGCCUUUGAGUGACUUAAAGCCUGUUAUUUUCACAGACAGUCCCCAAAUUGAUGAAUUUUGGUCAUUCCACAAAAACUGGGCUGGAAGGUUCGCCGAGUAUGCCGAACUUUCGGCAGAGUAUGCGAAUCGACACAUGACCAAUGAAGAUGAUCUGUCUUCGGGCUUUGGUAUGACAAAGAAAAAGCUCGAAACAUGGCUGGGCCAGCAGUAUUACCACGACUUGCCUCUGGACCUCUUCGCGCAAGCUUUGUGCUUUGCGAUUUUAAAAGGGAGGCGCCGCUCAUCUUUGCCAAGCUGGUCGUGGCAAGGAUGGAAUGUUUCCGGUGAAUCUGGUCUUGACUACGAGAGCACAUGGGGAUUUAGGCCGUCAGAGUAUCUAGCAACGUUUUUCUAUCCCUCCAAGUCUCCGAUAUCACGGGGCUUUGAAUUCGAACUAAUUGCUCUUCGAUCGAGAAGUGGACAUGAAUGUGUGUCAUCGCUGUUCCCAGACAACGAGCCUCCAUGCCCCUUGAUUAUUGACGCACUCCCCACUGCUCUCAAGCAACAACUCCUAGUAAUAAGCACGCGGACUGUUGAGUUAUUCGCAUACAUCGAUGGUGAAGCGUGGAUAGUCGCGUUACAGGACGGUUUCCAAACCCUCGAGAACGUUGGAGAUGCGAUUCUUAACUUACCGGACAACCGGACGAACAAAGGCUAUUUCAAAUUCGUAUUUAUUGGCGAUUGCUGUCCUGACAAAGGUGGCGAAUGGUAUAAGUUCUUCCUGGUCGUGGCUCCCUGUGGAUAUGCAAAUGUUUUUUGCCGAGUUGGAUGUUCCGUGAAUAUUCAGUUUGGUAAAGUUGAGGAAAGAUUGAAGCAUGAGAUGAUUUACCUCAUCUAG